GCGCAAGGAAUUUCACGUGCUAAACAAACCGGUCGGUUAAGGUCAUUGACUUGGUCUUCUCUACUCGGUCGAGCUGGUCGCCUCAGUUUUUGGUUCUACUUCUGGUCACUUUCUCUCUGCUUUGUCUACCCCGUAGCGUUGUUCCGUUACGCUACGUGGAGUAGCUUUUUGCGUUCUUCCUCUCGCAUCAAUCCGUGGAAUAAUGCGGGCGGUAUACAGCUAUCAAAUUUUGCCAUGAUUACCGCUGUACAGGCAGUUGGCCUUCACUACUACAUGUUCCAUCUAUUUUUGUACGGUUUCCCUGGCCUCCUGUCGGAUAUUGAACAUUACCUGUCACAAAAGAGUAUUCCUGUUCUGCCGAACGCAACUGAAAAACAUCCGUUUUCUCCGAAAGAGCAGAUUUCCUCAGAUGAUAGACUAAGUCUACCGGAGUAUAGUCGAUAUGAAUCUCCCCCUGAACUAUGUCUAGUUGUGGCCCCACCAUCCUGCGUACUUCACAUCGCUCUGUUCUCCGAAAUGUGGCGCACAUUCGAUCGUGGAUUGUACGGUUUUAUGAGAUGCCACAUUUACGAGCCUCUCCUCAGCCAAACUGCAACCGGUAACAUUUACUGGAAUCGUCUCAUCCGCGGCCUAGCUUUCACGGUACCGUUUCUCUUCGUCCUUCUCUAUCACUCAAUCUCCAUUGACAAUGUUAUUUGGACCCUUAUCAACUUAUUAUCGCUCUUCUUGGAAACAUCUUCUAAAUGGUUCGUUCGAAACACUUGCCUUUUUUCGGAUAUGCGCCUUCGUUUUCCCACUUACGUCACCGAACUUCUGACAAAUAUCUGGAAGGUCAUUAUGUGGGCUUUUUCGCUCUACGGGUUUAUCACCUUCCUGUUCGGAAUCAACACUGCUUUGUGCUUCUUAUUUCACAUAUAUCUCACUUCAGAUAUGUUGCUCACUUGCCUCCUAUACGUUUGCGGCCUGUACUUCGUAGCAACAAUCCGUAGACUUUGCGGCUACAGGGGCUUUCCUGUGAGCUUCAACAAGCAUAAUAUCCGCACUUCUAUCAGCUGAAUCAUAUUCCACGUUUUUUCCCAAAUUAUUUCGUACUAUUUUUACACUGUCCGAGCAUGCCUUUGAGGGUAGUUGAAUUUCGUCUGUAAAUUACACCAACUGGUCUUUUAUCGCAUGUUUUUUAAUAAAACGAUGUCGGAUUUUUC